CUCCUCUGAGCAGAUUCUCUCUCUCCUCCACACGUACACACUCUCGCUCGCUCACUCACUCCCUCCACACACACACACACACACACAAACACAUGCUCUGGCCAGGGCGCGUGAGCUGCUCGCGCUGCCGUUCCUGGAAGGGCUCGGACUCCAGCGCUUAGUGUGUGUGUGAGGGUGUGAGGGUGUGUGUGUGUGUUUUCACCCCUCCUCUGCCACGAUGAACAGCAGCAGCUUCCUGAACAUGGCGGCGAUAGGAGACUUCGACCCGCUCAGCGCCACCAUCCCCGCCACCAAAGUUGAGAUCACAGUUUCGUGCAGAAAUCUGCUCGACAGGGACACAUUCUCCAAAUCAGAUCCAAUCUGUGUGCUUUACACCCAAGGCAUCGGCAACAAGGAGUGGAGAGAGUUCGGCAGGACAGAAGUGAUCGAUAACACUCUCAAUCCAGAGUUUGUGCGCAAGUUCAUCCUGGACUACUUCUUUGAAGAGAGACAGAACUUGCGAUUUGAUCUGUAUGAUGUGGACUCAAAGAGCACCAACCUUUCUAAGCAUGAUUUCCUGGGUCAGGCGUAUUGCACUCUGGGGGAGAUUGUGGGUUCCCUGGGGAGUCGGUUAGAGAAGCCUCUGGGGGGCAUUCCUGGAAAGAAAUGUGGCACCAUUAUUGUGAAGGCUGAGGAGCUCAGCAACUGCAGAGAAUCUGUGAUGAUGCAAUUUUGUGGCAACAAGCUGGACAAGAAGGACUUUUUUGGCAAGUCUGACCCUUUCCUUGUGUUCUACCGCAGCAAUGAAGAUGGAACUUUCACCAUUUGCCAUAAGACAGAAGUGGUCAAGAACACGCUGAACCCUGUAUGGCAGGCCUUCAAGAUCCCCGUACGAGCCUUGUGUAAUGGAGACUAUGACAGAACAAUCAAGAUUGAAGUGUAUGACUGGGACAGAGAUGGCAGCAUUUUCGCAGAUGCCAAGGACACUUUACAGCAAUUUAAAAGACGAGCAACAGUGGGCAGUGCUAAAAGAUAUCAGGAAUAUAUCAGAUCCAACCACGACUUCAUUGGGGAGUUUAGCACGAGCUACAGAGAGCUGUCCAGAGGCCAGUCUCAGUUUAACGUCUACGAGGUCAUAAAUCCCAAGAAGAAAGGCAAGAAGAAAAAAUAUCUCAAUUCUGGAACGGUAACACUUCUGUCCUUCCUCGUGGACAUCGAAGUCACCUUCCUGGACUACAUUAAGGGAGGGACUCAGAUUAAUUUCACUGUGGCGAUUGAUUUCACCGCCUCAAAUGGCAACCCUGCCCAGCCAACCUCUCUGCACUACAUGAGUCCAUACCAGCUCAACGCCUACGCCAUGGCACUCAAAGCUGUAGGUGAAAUAAUUCAGGACUAUGACAGUGACAAGAUGUUUCCAGCAUUGGGCUUUGGUGCCAAACUGCCACCUGACGGGAGAGUGUCCCACGAGUUUGCCCUGAACGGAAACCCUCAGAACCCCUAUUGUAAUGGAAUAGAUGGUGUAAUGGAGGCAUACUAUCAGAGCCUGAAGUCUGUCCAACUCUACGGCCCCACCAACUUCUCUCCAGUCAUCAAUCAUGUAGCUAGGUAUGCUGCCUCAGUGAAGGACGGCUCUCAGUAUUUUGUCCUGCUCAUCAUCACAGACGGAGUGAUCUCCGACAUGGCCCAGACCAAAGAGUCCAUCGUCAAUGCUUCAUGUCUUCCCAUGUCAAUUAUCAUUGUUGGCGUAGGGCCGGCCGAAUUUGAUGCAAUGGUGGAGCUGGACGGAGAUGAAGUAAGGAUUUCAUCAAGAGGCAGAUAUGCAGAGAGGGACAUUGUCCAGUUUGUCCCAUUCCGAGAUUACAUCGACCGCACGGGGAACCACAUCCUCAGCAUGGCCCGGCUGGCAAAGGAUGUUCUGGCUGAGAUCCCUGACCAGUUCCUGUCCUACAUGAGGACCAGGGGCAUCAAACCUUCACCUGCGCCCCCUCCCUACACGCCCCCGGGGCAUCCACUCCAGACCCAGAUUUGAUCUGCUAUAGUCCGUUUCUAUCUCUUAUCACUCACUCUGAAUCACUCAGUGAUGUGGAGGGGCUUGCUUGCCCCUCUCUAUCUGUCUCUCUCGUUGCACUAUGGGCAGUAGAUGGAAGAUAGCGUGGUCAGACAAAGCCAGUGAGGGCAGAUUUACUUCCAUUACAAGCGUUCUUCUGUCAGGGUCGGUCGGUCUCUCUCUCUCUCUCUCUCUCUCUCUCUCUCUCUCUCUCUCUCUCUCACUCUCUGCCUCAGAACCCGGCUAGCUUAUCUCUUGUAGCCUCAUUACUACAACAGACAAGAGUCUGACUUUCUUUCUGGCUCACUCUGGGACUGAAAGGAGAAAAAGAAGGAAUGAGACAGCCUCUCUUGGACCUGCACGCUUUUCCAGGAGAAGGGCAGAGGGUCAUCUUCCUCUGGCCACGAAUCAACUCUCGACUGUUGUAAAUAACUUUUGGAAAUAGAUAUUUCCUCUUACUUAUGUAUAUUCCUCUCUCUCUUCCUCUCUCUCUCUUUACUUCUCUCUCUCCUUCUCUUUUGUUCUCUCUAUAAUUUCUCUCACUCUUUCUGUUUCUCUUUCCCUCUCUAUCUUCCUUCUCUUU